AUGGCACAUUCAAGGAUAGACUUCAGUGCUUCAUUUACACAGGAUUCUGGUGAAGUUAAAGAAAUGUUCUGUGAGCUUUGUGAUAAACACAACAAAAAAUAUGUUCCUGCUGAAAAAUUUUGUGAAGAGUGUUUCGAGUACUUGUGUGGGACUUGUCUAAACUACCAUAACAUAUACAUAAAAUCCCAUACCAUAAAAGAUAAGGAUAACAUGCCACAGGAUUUCUGUCUGGAGAAAUGUUCUGUUCAUAAAGAUGAAUUGGUCAAGUUCUAUUGUCAAGCUUGUAAGAAAUUUGCCUGUCCUGAAUGCAAGACUCAAGACCAUGGGAACUGUAAUAUGGUCAGUCAUUUGCCAGCUCUUGUUCAAGGGAUUGAAAAAGGUCAAGAAAUUAAAGAACACAAUGAAAACCUUGAUACGUUGAUGAAGGAUUUGGAAAAUACAGAAAAAGAUGUGAACAUAAACAUGAAAUAUGUCGCUUCACAAGAAACAAAGAUUUUAAAUUCAGUCAUGAAAAAAAAGAAAGAAAUAUUGUCCGUGUUUGACAAACAUCAGACGGAUGUAAUUCAAAACUUUGAGAAAAAAAUUGAAGAAACCUUACAAAGACUUGAAGAAGAGAAAAAGGAGAAAAUCAACAAAUUACAAGAAAAUCAAAGGAAAUUAAGAAAGUUAUUAAGUGAUGAGGAAAAUGAAAUUAAGAGGAAAAUUGAAAUCAUAAAAAAGAAAGACAAGAAAGUUUUGCAGACAAUCAUUAAAGAAACCUCAAAAAUGAAAAUAAAACUAAACAGCAUAUCAACAGAGUUGGUGCAUCAUCAAGGUACAGAUCAAAGAUGUAAAAUGUUUGUUGCUAUGAAGAAGGGGCAAGAAAUCACUGAACAAUUGAAACCAGCUGUUGAUAAACAAUGUAAAAACAAUUCAAUUCAUUAUUACAAAGUUGAAUGCAAAGCUUCUGAACAAAAUAUAACCAAUUUACAAGACUGUGACAAAAAUUUUCACCUAUCAAGAAAUACAUGAGUCUGAAGUACCAAGAACUGCUAGUUAUUACACAAAUAAAAAAUUCAGAUGUGACUCCUGGUCAUCUCUAUGCUUGUUAUCAGACAACUCUCUUCUUAUAUGUAACCUUGAAUCUUC